AUGGCAGCAAAACCGGGCUCGGCCAAGUCCUCGGGCAAAGACUCGAAUAAGAGCAAGCCUCUUUCCUCGGCAUCAAAAGUGAGCAAGAAAGCCGUCAAGCGCCCGCCGCCAAAGGAAGUUAAGUCGAAGGCGCGUACCGAAGCCAGUCAGCUGAAGAAGACGAAGAAGAGAGAGUAUACGGAGGAGGAAUUGGACCUGCCGAAGUUGAAUGCAAUCACGCCUGUCGGGGUGGUGAAGCCUAAAGGGAAGAAGAAGGGAAAGGUUUUUGUUGACGACCAGGAGGGAAUGGCUACCAUUCUUGCUAUGGUCAAUGCCGAGAAGGAAGGGCAGAUUGAGUCCAAGUUGCAGAAGGCCCGUCAGCUAGAGGAGAUCCGAGAAGCGAAGAGAAAGGAAGCCGAGGCUAGGCAGGCAGAGAAGAAGAAUAAAUUGGAGGAUACUAAGGCAGCGAUUCGUCAAAAGCGCAAGCGCAAGGGUGAUAGCAACGAAGACACAAAAACUGAUACCACAGCAGCUCGUACCAAUGGGUCAUCCUCGAAGUCUAAAGGGAAGAGGAAAAGUGUUUCAUUUGCUUGA